GAGGUGAGGUGAGGUGAAAAACCUGUGAAGAGUUUAGGCAGGAGGCACAAUUCCACAUUGAGUGACCGACAAUCCUUUGUUAAAGGCAUUCUGUAGCGCUUCUACAGUAGAUGGCAGACUUGAGGAUUCGCCGAAGAUGCGCAAACUCUGUUUUUAAAUCAGCUGCUCUACGGACCAAUGGCAGUUGCCGCGACAGACAAGGCGGAAAUACAGGAACUGAAGUGGAUGAAUGUAGCUAGCGAGAAGGGGAUGAUUGUAAAGGUGCCUAGUAACACUUAGCUACUAGGGUAGGCAACUAGGUUCAUUUUGACACUGCAUUUCACAUUCUUACGUACUCAUCAAUGUCUACGAUGCCAGGGCCUCUGUCUAUUCAUAGUUUGACUUUGCCUGCGGCAGUAUAGGGUCCAGUUUUAUUAAAGUGGGAGUGGGGACUGUGUUGGAGCAAGUCUUCUCCGAUUUAUUGCUAGCUGACCAGUGUAACAUUAUUGGAGAAGCUGGUAUUUGUUAGCUAGCUAGUUCUCCGCACUGAAACGUCAAUGCCAACAUGGCAGGGAGCAGCCAAGGCCUGGGCUCUGGAGUUGGUGAAGAGAAGAGUUCUCGCAGUAAACAAAAUGAAGUAAGGUCUUAUAAAGGGAUGGCAGGUAUCCUGAACUGCAGUGCCCUCUGUGCACACCUAGUCGUUUCUACAGGUGAACAAUGAGCGAAGAGGUGAACAAGAAGUUGAAGUACAUCAGUUUGGCCAUCCUGGUGAUCCAGAAUGCCUCACUCAUCCUCAGCAUCCGAUAUGUCCGCACACUGCCUGGGGAUCGCUUCUUUGCCACCUCAGCAGUUGUCAUGGCCGAGCUUCUCAAAGUCUUCACUUGUCUGCUUAUCAUUUUGUUUCAAAAAAGGGGUAACCUCAAGGAGUUUGGGGUUCUCCUGUUCGACUCUAUAGUUCUUCAGUUCAGGGACACGCUAAAACUGGCUGUCCCAUCCCUUAUCUACACACUCCAGAACAACCUGCAAUAUGUGGCCAUUUCAAAUCUCCCAGCAGCCACAUUCCAGGUGACGUAUCAGCUGAAGAUCCUGACCACGGCCCUCUUCUCCGUGCUGAUGUUGCGGAAAAGCCUGUCACGGGUGCAGUGGGUGUCCCUGCUGCUGCUGUUCGCCGGCGUGGCCAUUGUCCAGGUGCAACAGGAGGUCGGCAAGCAGAAGGAGAACACGGUGGCCGACCCCAGCCAGAGCUACUCCAAGGGCCUGGUGGCGGUGGUGGUGUCGUGCCUGUCGUCGGGCUUCGCUGGGGUCUACUUUGAGAAGAUCCUGAAGGGCAGCUCGGCGUCGGUGUGGCUGCGGAACGUGCAGCUGGGCAUCUUUGGCAUUUUUCUGGGCCUGCUGGGCAUGUGGUGGAACGACGGCGCAGCCAUCGCCGAGAAGGGCUUCCUCUUCGGCUACACAUCCAUGGUGUGGGGAGUGAUCCUCAAUCAGGCGUUUGGCGGCCUCCUGGUGGCCGUGGUGGUGAAGUAUGCCGACAACAUCUUGAAGGGCUUUGCCACCUCCUUCUCCAUUGUGGUCUCCACCGUCAUGUCCGUCUACCUCUUCGGCUUCCACGUCGACCUGGUCUUCACCCUGGGCGCGGGGAUGGUCAUUGGGGCCGUGUACAUGUACAGUCUGCCCAAGUCGAGCGCCGCCGCCGCGUCCUCCUCGGCCCCUGCGCUUUCCGCCGUGAGCCACAGGAGAGGCAGCCCAGGAGGAGACUCAGAGCUGGAGGCUUUCCUUUCAAAGAAUUCUGGGAAAGAAAAGGGAAGCUGAGACCAUCACAGUCCUGCUGCAGUGAUAUAUUAAACGUUGUGAAAGAGCCCUGCCAAAUCAAAACUGAGAAAUGGAUACAUGAUGGUUCAAGUGCCUUCUGUUAUUUGUUAGUUGUAGCAGUGUACGCAUUUCUACAUGCCUGUACCAUCCACUGAUCUAUAAUACAAUGUUUUAUUAGAGAUCAGUGGACACAUCUUAUUUUUUUACAUGAAUUUAAACCUGUAGUAUUGACACACACUAUGGACUUAGUUUGAUCAUGUAAUUUAGCCAAUUGGUAACAUUUAAUGGUUAAAUUGCUUGAUGGCAUUCCAUGAUAUGUGACACUAUCCGAUUGUACUAGAUUUUAAUGGUCUGCAUUUCUUUUAUACCUCAUUCAAAAAGUAAGUAUUUAUGUUGGGUUGUCUGCUCACAUCUAUCUGUUAUGUAAAAUGUGAACAAGCACCCUUUACACAUUCAUUUAAGUGUCUUUAGAAUCUACAUUCUCAAACAAUGUAUUUAAUUUAGUGAUGCACUCUAAUACUAAGAACCAUUGGAAAGAGAACAAUAUAUAGAACCAUAUUUCUGCUUUCAGAGGGACUGCCUGAAUGGUGUGUGUGAAUUUGUCAUGUGACUGAUGAUCAAAUUGAUGGGUGGCUCGAUCUGUUACACAUUGGUGCCCCCUUUUGGUGCUAAUACAUACUUUCAGUUAAAAACAUCAUGGCAAAACUGGGUAAUGUUUUUUCUUUCUUUUUAAAUAGAUUUGAGUUCUGCUUCAACUCUUUCACAGCAACGCAGUGCAUAUGCUUUCUAUGCAAUAUAUUAAAAUAACAAGUAAGAAAUAGCAAUUAUUGAAUUGAACUGUGAAAAGUAUAAAUCAUGUAUAUGACUGGUGCUACAAAUAACAAAGCUGAUUGAAUAUACUGGAAUACUCCAUUUGCCCGUAUUUUAUAUUAGAAGAUUGCAAGUAUGUCUUUUUGUGCACAUGCUAAUAGGUUGUUUCAUUGUGCCAUUGGCACACAAAUAAAGAUCACUUGAUUGUGAUGGAUUUAA